GUUGUUUCGCCUCACGUUUCUGAUUGGUGCACUGGAAAACGGCGGUUGUAUAAAGCCGUUGGUCGUUGGUGUUGGUGGCCGUCUCUUCCGUAGUUUGAAAAUUGUGCGGAUCUUUAAAGCAGUCGGGCGGUUCGAGUUUGACUGUGCCAAGUUCAGUGGAUGUUAGCGUGAGGUGUUCUUUUUUAUUUUACGAUGUCUUUUCCACGGGCCAAGCGUUUCACGGAACCGAAAGUGUGCGGCCCGGGUGUGGGAGACUACACACCCAAGGAGAAGCACAAUGCGCUGUGUGCGAAAUUUCUCGCAGCAGAACGCUUCAGACAUGACUCGGGAUCUGCUGGAACUGCAUCAGCAUGUGGAACCCCAUUCAAGGCUCCCGCAACACCCAUGCAUCUGCCCAAGGAGAAGCUGCGCCGCAAGAUGGCGGAGCUGCUACAGCAACUCGAGGACCGAGACCGGCUCAUCUCCCAGCUGCGGGUCUCCAAGAACAAGCUGUCCGCGCACGUCGGCCAGCUCGAGGGGCUCCUGCGCAACAUGAAGAAGAAGAUGGGGAGGAGCGUGAAGAACACCACAAACGCGGCCCUCUCAAGACAGCCCGGACCGGACGACGGCGCUGACGAGAGCUUUGCAGAGGCCGACGUGCUUUCGAGAGAUGCUGUGGAGUGCACCACGGAGCUCAGGCUGACCAAGGACACGCAGGAGCUGAGGGAAGAGCUCAGGGUCUUUGUGGAGUCGCUGGAAGACGAGACCGGCUACGCAGAUGUGGCAGACCGGGACCAGGAUGACCAAGAGGAGAUGGUGUCUGCUGAGAGGAUCUAUCAGGAGCAGGUGCACGAUGAACUGCUGCAGCAAGUGAGCAACUUCAUGACUGAAAUUUCGCUUCUUCGACAAGAGAAGAAAGAGAUCCAGAAGCAACAAGAACAGCUUCAGAAUCAGAUGACUGCAUGGCGAAUUGAGCAGACUGCAGCAGCCCAACAACAAACAGAGCUUGCUCAAAAACUCCAACAAGACGUCGAUAAUGCCAACGCCUCGAUUUUGUGCCUCGAGGAAACUCUUCGCUUGAAAACUGAUGCAAUUGCCGAGGUUAGCAAGACGCUGGAGCACGAAAGGACCAAGCAGGCUCAAGCUACAGCAGUCAACCUUCAGCUGGGCGAAGAUCUCGAAAAGCUGAUGUCACUGAAGGUUUCCCUGGAAUCGGAACUAGCCACGGUAAAGGCACAAUGCGAGGAAAUUGUUGUGGAUCGUGAAGCCGCCGAAGACGUCUUCCUGCAGGCAAAGGACACAAUCGCUGAACUGAAGGAGCAACUUUCGUCCGCUUCAGAUAAAGAAGAUGGCUUGGUAGCGGAAUUGAUCGCCCUCAAGGCUUACCUCACAGUGGUGGAGACAGAAAAGCAAGAAAUCAAGGAAGAUCUCGCUUCAGUUCUCAAGGACGCCGACACUAUGUCUUCAGAGACCAGCAAGUUGGCGAUUGAACUUUGCAUGCUCCGCAGCGACAAGUCUUCGUUAGAAGGCCAGGUGACCAAACUUGUUGCUGAGAAGGAGGAGUUGCAGAAGGAAGUGUCGAUUCAAAGGGAUCGAGCCGACAUCGCCUCGACAGAAGGAGAGAGGCUCAAUACAAAUUUGAGGAUUCUAAAGGAAGAACAGCGGCUGCUCGAGGAGAACUUCCAAGCCCGAGAGAAGGUGAUGCAAGAGCAGGUGGUGUUCCUCCAAGCAGAAGUGGAGCGGCUGAAGGGUGCAUCCCGGGGCCUGCAGCAGGAGCUCGGCAAGGCGCUGAGCGACCUCUCUGCUUCCUACAACAGGGAACGAGAGACCGGGGAGCGACUUCAUAACGUGGCUCUGGAGCUUGAAGAGGAACGCACUUGCAGUGCAACUCUGCACACUCAAAUCGCCAUGGGGGUCCGAGCUCUGACUGAGCUGCAGUCGUCACAAGAGCAGCUGCUGGGUCAGGUGCAAGAAACCGAGCACAGGGAGGCGAGGACUGCAGGGAAGCUGGAGUGCGCACUGGCAGAGCUGCGUGCCGCAGCUGCCGAACGCACAGACUUGGCCAAGGCGUGCGACGACUUGCGCAAAGCGUCCAAUUUGAAGGCGGAACAAAUCGCCACCUUGGAAAGGAAGGCCAAGAAGUAUGUGGUUGUUAGCCGGGAGCUGGAACAAGAGAAUCGCCAGCUUUGCAAGGACCUCCAGGACUACUCCAAAAAGGAUCGCACGGAGGUGAGCAUACUCCAGAGACGACUCGAGGACUCUUGUGCAGAAGCCCAAAGGUGGAAGAACGACUAUGAAUUGCUGCAGGCCAGGGUCGCACCCUUCCAGUUGCAGCUGGAGCUUUAUGACGUUGAGAGGCGCCACCUGGCAGAGAGGAACCAGGCUACCGAAUCGGAGCUGUCCAAGUUGCACCACAAGUUCUCCGAGCUGAUGGGUCACCAGAACCACAAGCAGAAGAUCCACUACCUCACCAAAGUCACCGAAGAACGGCAGCAUUACCAGGCGGAGGUCCUCAGACUGCAGGAGCAAAACCUCAAGCAGAUGAAGCUGAUCCAAAAGCUGGAGCUUGAGGUCAAACGUUGCUCUCUCAAGCCCCCUCUUGCUUCUCAUAAGGAAAACCUGUUUCCUAAAGAUCCCUCUGCGUGAACUGCACACUGAUCCGAUUUCGCAUGCACCUGUCGCUGCUCCUAUCAUAUGCGUGCAGCCUUCAAACCAAUUGGACUGGUAUUUAUUAUACCAGGAUUUUUACUGUAAUUUUAUAUUUAGAUCAUAUACGUGAAUUUUUAUAUGUGCAGAAUAAAAAGUAUAAGAAAA